AUCCAAAAUGGCGACCACCGGGCCAUCAAAGACAUCACGAAAGCAGCGAGAGAUUUGUGUUAAAGAGGAGUUUAAAAUUGCUGUUAAAAUUGCCCUUGAUCGAUUUCGCUUUGAGGAAACACAAAAAGGUAGAGUCCUUUGUCUCUGGGUUGUUGCAAAGUACCGUAAUACAUAAUUAUAUGCUUUUCAUGUUUUUUUCUUUGUUAGCAAAAAACAACUUGAGUCCCUUGUUUGUGUCGGUUGUGAUUGUUGUUGUAGAUUUCAAAAGGGAAAUAAGCUGUUACUUGAAUUCUUUUAUUUUAAUUCAAGAAGAAUUUUUUUAUUAUAGUUGUAAACACUUUGUGCGGCAUUGUAGCAUAUAAUCUGUCUGUGCGACAGACAUUAAUAUUCAUGAGGAAAGUCCCUGAGGAAAGUCUGACCCCUUGGCGUCUUUGGGCUGGUUGACCCGAUCGACGUAAGGGCGAAAAAAAGCACUACAAGCCCAAGCACAAGAAACUACCUCAAUGUAAAUGCCACUGUAAAGGUAAUGGGUGCUCGGGUCGUGUUUAUGCAUUUUCACAUGUGUGAACUGGAACAAUACAAAUGCAAUAACUGCAUAUAGCAAAUUCAAAUGCAAGGUAAAAAAUGUUUCCUCCAUUUUUAGUUGCUUGAUGUUCAAAAGUCUGUGGUGGUGCACCUGAAUUUUGUAUACCAGCCAUCUCUUAUACAUUAUGCAAGAGUCUCAUGCCUUCACACUAAAGACAUUGAUUUCAUAUAUCAGGGUUAUUUUCUUUUGCCUGACUAACAUAUCCAAAUGAAUUUUUCUUUAAUACAUUAUUGAUGACAAAAAGCUAAGUCAGUUCCUGAAAAUAUUCCCAAACAGGCACUUGAGGUGGCUCGGUCAUUAAUACUGGUGCAUUUAGCUUAUAACUUAUUUGGUUUAGAUGCAAUGGCUGCAAAAAAUUGCAAAGAACAACAGAUAUCAUUCAGUAAUAAAUAGAGGAUAUUACAUGGCGACGCGGAGAUACGAAAUUUCUCUGCGAGUGUUGAAAAAUAUUUCACAAGUGAGCAAAGUGAAUGAGUGAAAUAUUCUCAACAAAGCUGAUACCAGUAAUUUCAGUCAAAGAUUUAUGCAAAAUUUUUUACUAGAUGCGAUUUUCUCUGAACAGUAGGGUCCUUUAAAGCUCUAAUUUCAUCAAAAAUAUUUACCAUCAAUGAAAUCAGAAUAUUUCUUAUUAUUACUGAAUGAUAUCUGUUGUUGUUUGCAUUUAGUUUUGCAGCCAUUGCAUUAAAAACAAAAAAGUUAUGAUGAAAAAGUUCAUCAUAGCUGAAUGCACCUGUAUUAAUGACGGAGCCACCUCAAUGUUGACUUUGUGUCCUUACUGUAACACAUGAGCUAAAAAUGUCGCAUCUUAGUUUUCAUGUAGCCUGUUUUGCAGCUGGCCCAUGCAUCAGUUAAGAAUGCCUGCCACGCAGGCUAUUUGUAUGUUGAUUCAAGGGACCUAGAAAUGACCUACAGUAUGUACGAGAGUAACAUGGUGGGCAUUAUGACCAGUCAAUGUAGAUUGUAUUACAGUAUAUGAUAAUCAUAAUUACGUGUAUUAUAAGGUAAGGAAAGGUGUGCACUCUUUUUGUUAUAUUACAGUGCACUUGUCUACUCUCCCCACACUGCUCAAGUAAAAAAAGCAUACAAAGUUUCUAGAAAGUAACCUCCCGGUAUGUUAUUGUAAUUUUUUUGCCUCAGUACUAGAGUUUCCAUCAUCAUUCACAUCCGUGGAGAGAGCCUAUGUACACAGACUGUGUCAAAACCUGGGUCUUAAGUCUAAGAGCAAAGGGUAAGCUAUUACAUUAUACUUUGGUAUAAAAUUUGUAAUUUUCUGUUCUGCUGGAUUUCUAACUCAGUGCCAGAUAAGGGUAAAAUAUAGUCACAAUUAUUCUCCUUUUGCAUACUUACCUGAAUUUUCAUCAGAAGCAUAAUAUUAUGUCGAUUCUGGGUUUUCAUGGAAUUUGGUCUGCCUGAGUCCAAAGAACUCUAUUAGAGAGCUGAGGGGUCUCUGUUGUAGGUAAAAUCUGUUCUCAUGAUUAAAAAAACAGAAUUUCCUUUGUCUCCUUUGAAUAAUAAUAGUAAUCAUUAGGGCUAGAAAACAUUGGAAUUCUGAAUCAAACUACAGUUGAAACCUCCAUGUGCGACCACCUCUCAUAAAUGACCACCUCUUGUGAGUGACCCUGACCACGUUUUGGGGCUGACGGUUUAAUGAUUUCGGAUUGCUUUUAACCUCUUGUAAGCAAUUAAGUGUCACAUCUUCUUCAUCUCUAUGUUUCCUGUAUGUAAAUAAUAAAAGGGGGUCUCUUCCAAGACAAGGUGUGGACACUUCUACUUUAAGCUAAUUACUUUAUGCUAAUUAUACUAUGCUAUUUAGAGUAUAAGAAGAACGUUUAGUGACAACAUAUCAGUACACAUAUAGCACUUUAGGAUUUACAUGCAAUGAAUUAUCUUCCUUGAAGUAGAAGUGUCCGGACU